UGGGUACCGGCCCACCUAGGGAUUCCCGGUAACGAGGCCGUAGACAUAGCCGCAAAGGAAACCACAGGAUGGAGAGGAGACAGCAUAAGAGGACUGACAGCAGAGGAACCCCCGAGGCUAUAUCCUCCUAAAGACGACGCUAAGAAGAAGAUGCAAACAGCAAGUAGACAUAGCAUAGAGAGCAAGCUAGCGGAAAGAUACAAAGGGCUGAGCUACGUUCAGGAACACACCAGCACCUAUAAAAAGAGUACUCAAGCUACACGAAGGUCUCAGAAAGCGAGACAGCGCUCUCCUUGUACAGUUAAGGAUCAAAAAGAUCAGACUGAGAGACUUCCUCUUCAGUCGCAAAGUGCCAGAUAUAACUAG